AGUAAUGGCGGCGCUGGUGCGGGAUCCCCUGGCUUCACGGGCCCGGCUCCUGCCGCUGCCCCCCGGCGGCUCCGUGCGCUCCCUCCUCUCUCAUCGCGCUCGGGAGCUGAAUAUUCCUGAAGAAAGCUUGUAUGUGAAGUGUAACGGGCGACUGGUUAAUGAUGAAGAUCCACUGCAGGAUGGAGCUGUUUAUAGUCUCGAACCAAGACUCUGUGGUGGAAAAGGAGGGUUUGGAUCUAUGCUGCGAGCACUUGGUGCUCAGAUUGAGAAGACAACAAAUAGAGAGGCUUGCCGAGACCUCAGUGGAAGGAGACUUCGGGAUGUCAAUCAUGAAAAAGCGAUGGCUGAAUGGGUGAAGCAGCAAGCAGAACGAGAGGCAGAAAAAGAGCAGAGGCGCUUGGAAAGGCUGCAGCGGAAGCUUGUGGAGCCAAAGCACAUCUUCACAAACGCCGACUACCAGCGGCAGUGUCAUGAAAUGGCUGAGAGACUGGAAGAUUCAGUCCUCAAAGGGUUGCAGGCUACCUCAAGCAAAAUGGUGUCCCCGGAAAGCAGCGACAGUCGGAAGCGUCCAGGUGAACCUGGAAAGAAUGAAACAAGACCUCGAAAAAGGAAAUGUUUCUGGCUGGGAUUGGAAGGAUUGGAUGAUGCUGACAGUUCAGACUCUGAGGAUGAGAGUGAAGAUGAUUCCCCUCAUGCAUCUGAUGGAAGUUGUCCAUCAGGAAGCAGAUUUAAUGAAAUUGCUGGGAAAUCAAAUGAAUGUUCGAGCAGCUCUGUGGAUUCUGUAGAGGACAGUCCAGCUAGCAGUGCAGCUGAGAAACCACUGGAGCAGCCAGAAGGUGCUGAAAGAGAUCUGCAAGGAGAGUCAAACUCAGGUGAGAAACCUGAAAUUCCAGAUGAAGAAAACAGUGAAGUGACAAAGCCCUUGAAGGAAGAGACCCAAGAAAAGAAUGAAAUAACCCAAGCUCUGAAAGAAGAGGAGCAAGAAAAUGUUUCUUCUAAGGCACAGGAAACAAACCAGUCACAGAGCACAGAGGUGGAACCAAUAGAUCUGCUGGCAUUCAACUCUGCUGCUGAAAUGGAAGCCCUUGGUUUAGAUAAACUGAAGAUGGAAUUGAUGUCUUUAGGACUGAAAUGUGGAGGCACUUUAAAGGAAAGAGCAGCCAGGCUUUUUUCGGUCAGAGGUUUAUCUAGAGACCAGAUUGAUCCUGCUUUAUUUGCAAAGCCCUCUAAAGGGAAAAAAAAGUGAUGUAAAAAAUAAC